CAACACUUUGUCAAAAACAGCCGUUUCCUGAACUCGUCGAGCAGCUCUCUUCUAAACAUCAUGAAAACACCAUGGGCCUCUCAUGAAAACACCAUAGCUAUUUGUCUCCUCUCACUCCCACUUAGACAAAAUAAGGGUUUUUCUUUGAAUCGUUUCCAUCAAAGACUUCUCCGUCACUUUCUUCACACUUCACAGUCCCUUCCCAAAAACCUCGACUUCUCUUAAACAUCGCGCUUUGGCACAGAUCUCUCUCUCUCUCUAACAGAUCUCAGAUCUUAGAAGAAGAUUGAAAGAAGGGGAACAAUCCUUCUCUCAAUCUGGACAGUAAUGGCUUCACUCUUCACUCUCCAUCACUCUCCCUCGCUUUCCUUCUCCCCAAGAACCCACCUUUACUCGCCGAAAUGGUGCCGUUUCCGAGUUCAAAUUUCAACUAACAGCGGAGCGAAAACCGGCGCCGCCGUCGUUUGGCUAAAGCACGACCUCCUAAUCGACGAUCAUCCACCUCUCAAUCUCCUUUGAAUCCCUCUUUCGUCUCCACGCGCCACCCCAUUCCCGCAAAAACCUAAUCCACUCGCCCUCCCAUGUCGCCGGACGGCGACGUCUGCACCUGCUGCGCAGGCGAGAAUGGCGGCUCCAACGGUGAUCACGCCGAAGAUCUGGUGUGCGCACAUUACAGGAAAUCUGAUCCCUCUCCGUCGUCGUUUUGCUAUUCCUCUUCGCUCAAAUACGUUCCUGUGCCGUCGAGCGAUUCCGAGAAGCUACGGCGGGUUGUGGACUGCUUCGAUUAAGGGUUUCACCAUCGGCGUCGGCCUCAAAGGCGGCCUUGCCGUCUUCUCCAUCCUAGCUAGACUCAGAAAGAGAAAGCUCUUAGCCUCUCUCAGGACUGAGGGUGCGAUUACGAAUAAUGAAGCAAUUGUUACUGUUUUGAAGGAGACCUUGAGAUAUGGUCUGUUUCUUGGGACUUUUGCAGGCACAUUUGUUUCAGUGGAUGAGAUUAUUGCUUCUUUGGGAGGCCACCGUAGGCAUGUUCCUUGUUCUUUUAUAUUCAGCUUCGCAUGGUCUGUUUGAUUGAGAUUUGAGAUAGCUGUUUGCUCUGGUUUAAUUGAUUAUGUUCCGGUGUUACUCUAGUUCAGGACAGCUAAGUGGAGGGCUUUGUUAGCAGGGCUUAUAGCAAGACCGUCUAUGCUUCUUACCGGGCAUAACACGCAGCAUACGAGCUUGGCUGUAUACAUACUUAUGCGUGCUGCCGUGUUGGCCACGCGUUGUGGGAUUAAAAGCAAACGGUUUGGUCGUGUUUGUAGACCUCUCACUUGGAAGCACGGUGACAUUUUCUUUAUGUGUCUCUCCUCUUCGCAAAUUCUGUCUGCUUACAUAUUGAAGCAGGAGAGUUUGCCUCCAUCAUAUAAAUUCUUUCUCAACAAACAUGGGGGAAAGGAUAUCACAAUUUUGCAAGGUGAUUCUAUUAUUUCUCCAGGAGCAAAGCAAGGUUUAAUCCCCCUUGCUGUACCACUUUCAAGAAAUAUCUCAGGUGUUGUAACUGCAUUACUCCGGUGGCCUACAGCUCUGCAAGGAACAUUGAUAAAUCCCUCUGGUGAAAUGUCCUGUGCUGGGUUAAGUGAACAAAACUGAAUUUGAUGCAAGGGGGAAGUUUCAGCAGUACAUAAGGGGACCAAAACCAAGUUUGUCUUUGCAAGCCCAGCCAAAUCUGCAGAGAUCCUUUUCAAGUACAUUUCUGCUGAGCAUGUUCCUAUACAAUAUGGAGGUUUGAGUGUGGAUUACUGUGAGUGCAACCCAGAAUUCACCAUUGCUGAUCCGGUCGCUGAAGUAACCAUCAAACUUGGGACAAAGAAGACUCUGGAAAUUAUAAUUUAUGAGAAGUGCACCAUCAUAUGGGAACUCUGUAGUUGGGUGGGAUGUGAGCUAUGGAGCUGAAUUUGUUCCGGUUCCUGAC